AUGGCAUCUGUUCUCAAAAAGGAUUUCAAUCUCACAGCCCCUGUCCUGCCAUUGCACGACCGCCCUGCCAGUCACUUCCACCCUAUCCUCGAUCCCAAUGCACGAACGGAUUUCCUUACAACUCUUCCGGAAACUCAGGAUUUUUACUCCGCUUUGAAGACAGGGUCUCUCCGGGUUCUGGUUAGUUCAACGUCAUGGACUGCGGAUGAGGAUUUCUCGGUUCUUAUCGAUGCCCUUCUUCGGUACUCUGAACUGGCCACCACAGUGCAGCCUCACCUCCCUGAAGUUUUGGCCAUCAUAACAGGAAAGGGCCCGCAAAAAGAAAUGUAUAUGGAACAGAUUGCUGCUCUUGAAAAAUCCGGCAAGUUACAGAAAGUCACAAUUCGAACUGCGUGGCUGAGUGUACCGGAAUAUGCUCGGUUAUUGGCAUCUGCAUCUCUAGGGGUCAGUCUACAUACUAGCAGCAGCGGGGUAGAUCUCCCCAUGAAGGUUGUAGAUAUGUUCGGGGCUGGUCUUCCUGUUGUCGGAUGGGAUCGUUUCGAAGCAUGGCCCGAGUUGGUCACUGAGGGCAUCAAUGGCUUGGGCUUUGGAAGCUCAGAGGAGUUGGCUGAGCACUUGGUUGACCUGUUCGGCGAGAACAACAGAUUAGAUAGUCUUCGCCUAGGCGCCCAAAAAGAAAGCUCUCGGCGAUGGGACGACGAAUGGAACCCUAUUGCGGGUUCCCUUAUUGGGUUGACAUAG